GCGCGUCCCGCCCCUCCCGUGCGCCGCUGACGCGCCGUGCUCCGGCGCAGGCGCACAGGGGACGGUCGCUGGCCCAGGUGAGCGGGCGCGCUGGUCUAGGUGAGCGGGCGCGUCCCGGCGGCGGCGCUGCCUGCCUGAGGCGGUUCCUGCCGGCUAGCCGGGAAGGAGGCGUGGAUAUGGAGCUGGCGGCUGCUGAGCCCGGGGCCCGCGCCGCUGCCUAGCGCGUCCCGGGGACUCUGUAGGAACGCGCCCCCCGCCGCGGCUCGGGGACCCGUAGAGCCCGGCGUUGCGCGCAUGGCCCUGCUCUCGCGCCUCGCGCUCACCUUCCUGCUGCUCCUCAUGGCCGCUGUUGUCAGGUGCCAGGAGCAGGCCCAGACCACCGACUGGAGGGCCACCCUGAAGACCAUCCGGAACGGCGUUCAUAAGAUAGACACGUACCUGAACGCCGCCUUGGACCUCCUGGGAGGCGAGGACGGGCUCUGCCAGUAUAAAUGCAGUGAUGGAUCUAAGCCUUUCCCACGUUAUGGUUAUAAACCCUCCCCACCGAAUGGAUGUGGCUCUCCACUGUUUGGUGUUCAUCUUAACAUUGGUAUCCCUUCCCUGACAAAGUGUUGCAACCAACACGACAGGUGCUAUGAGACCUGUGGCAAAAGCAAGAAUGACUGCGAUGAGGAAUUCCAGUAUUGCCUCUCCAAGAUCUGCCGAGAUGUACAGAAAACACUAGGACUAACUCAGCAUGUUCAGGCAUGUGAAACAACAGUGGAGCUCUUGUUUGACAGUGUUAUACAUUUAGGUUGUAAACCAUAUCUGGACAGCCAACGCGCCGCAUGCUGGUGUCAUUAUGAAGAAAAAACUGAUCUUUAAAGGAGAUGCCGACAGCUAGUGACAGAUGAAGACGGAAGAACAUAACCUUUGACAAAUAACUAAUGUUUUUACAACAUAAAACUGUCUUAUUUUUGUGAAAGGAUUAUUUUGAGACCUUAAAAUAAUUUAUAUCUUGAUGUUAAAACCUCAGAGCAAAAAAAGUGAGGGAGAUAGUGAGGGAAGGGCACACUUGUCUUCUCAGGUAUCUUCCCCAGCAUUGCUCCCUUACUUAGUAUGCCAAAUAUCUUGACCAAUAUCAAAAACAAGUGCUUGUUAAGCGGAGAAUUUUGGAAAGAAGAACAUAUAACUCGAUUUUCACAACCAUAUUUACCAAAAAAAGAGAUCAAAUAUAAAAUUUAUCAUAAGGUCUGUUCAACAUUAUCUUAUUUGGAGAUAUGGGGACAUUAUCACUUACAAAUAUUUGUUUACUAUGAAAUUUUAAAUAUGCAUUUAUGCCUAGAAGGAACGGACUUUUUUUUUUUUUCAUUUUAAUUACACAUAAUAUGUAAUUAAAGUACAACAUAAUAUGUUGUUUCUCUGUAGCCCGUUGAGCAUAUGAGUAAGUCACAUUUCUAUUAGGACUACUUACAAGGACAAGGUUUCCAUUUUUCCAGUUGUAAAAUUGGAACCAUCAGCUGAUAACUUCCUAAGGAGCAACCCCGGGAUAGCUAAGUAUUAUGUAACAUGCCUAGAAGGUGAUGUGAAUGCGAUUCAGAAGCAUAGCCACUCCCAUUUUAUGAGCUACUCACAUGACAAGUGUCAUCUUUUGCUAUAACCUUUGCCAAGUUGGAGAAAAGAUGGAUUUAAUGAGAUAAAUGAUAUUUAACCUAAUAUAUCAAGGCACUAUUUGCUGUUAUGCUUUGUUAUUUAUUUCCCAGCACUUGUUCCUUAUCAUAGAUUUUUUAAAGACUGUAACCUUUUACUAACUGUGGUCUUACUAAAAUUUGUGCUUGAUACUGCUUUUCAAAAAGCCUUUAAUUAGAGCCAAAAGGAUGGAAAAGGCAAGAUAUAAAGAACUGCCUUUUAUAGAUUUCUUAUUUACAUUGAAAAUUAUUACCAUAUGUUUAGAGCAAAUCCAAGAAAACUUCAACAGCUUCUGAAGAUGUCUAUGAAUGUUGAAAACUUUCAAUCUCUUGGAAGGCUCAGUUAUGUUCCUAGACUGGUCUUUGCUGACUACUAGUUGUUAAGCUUUCCCUAGCCCAGGACCUCAAGCCUUAUAUAUCCUUUGGGUAACCCAUGGCCAAAGUUAUUAAGAUGAACUGACUUUCAAAGUCAGAGAAGGACAACAUAGGGAGAGGCAGUUCUUUGUAAGUCAUUACAGGUAGAACAGGGCAGAAGGAAAAGUAUGUUCUGGAGAAAGGGCCAUGUUCCUAACUUUGGAGAUAUGUCAUCGCUGGGAACCUAGUAUCUUCCAACUUGAAUUGGUGGCAGCUGUUCCAGAGAGACAAGGCACAUGUAUGCCUUGUGGCUAAGUGAGCAAACUGGGUUUCCACUUAAAUGUUUGGAACCCUCAAUUGAAUUUCAAACCUUUAUAAAAGGUACAGUUUUGUAAGCCAUUAUUAAUAAUGCUUAUCGGCAGGGCACAGUGGCUCACACCUAUAAUCCCAGCACUUUGGGAGGCUGAGGCGGGUGGAUCACUUAAGGUCAGGAGUUUGAGACCAGCUGGCCAACGUGGCGAAACGGCGUCUCUACUAAAAAUACAAAAAUUUGCCGGGCUUGGUGGCGCAUGCUUAUAGUCUCAGCUACUCAGGAGGCUGACGCAGGAGAAUCACUUAAACCCAGGAGGUAGAGGUUGCAGUGAGCUGAGAUCGUGCCACUGCACUCCAGCCUGGGCAACAGAGCAAGACACUAUCUUAAAAAAAAUGGUUUAUCAAUAUUUAUUAUUGAAAUACUUGUCCAGGUAACUUUACACUUAUAAUGAACUCACAGAUUUUGUUAGCAGCAUUGGCUUUCUCAAAAGGAGAAACUCAGUAUCUUUAUAAAGUAUAAUUCAUGAUCACAAAUUACACAAAAAUCAGUAGAAACAGUUUUUUAUGUUCAGAUUUUAAAAAACAACGGGAUUUUACAGAAAAGUUGCAAAGAUACAUGGAGAGCUUCUGUGACUACUCACCCAGUUCCCCCAGUGUUAACCUUUUAUUUAACCAUGAAGCAUUUUUCAGAAGCUAAGUAACCAGUAUUGGUAAUUACUAUUAACGGAACUUUAUUUUUCAGAUUGUACUAGUUUUUUAAUUAAUGUCAUUUUUCUUUUCCAGGAUCCAAUCUAGGAUACCACACUGAAUUAGUCGUCAUGCCUAAUUAGCCUCUGGUCUGUGAUAGUUCCACAGUCUUUCAUAACCUUGACAGUUUUGAGGAGUACUGGUCAGGUGUUUUGUAGAAUAUUCCUCAAUUUGGGUUUGUCUGAUGUUUUCCUCAUGAUUAGAGUGAGGUUAUAGAUUUUUCGGAAGAAUACCAGAGGUGAAGGUCCUUCUCACUGCAUCAUGUCAGGAGUUACAUGCUAUCAGCUUGAUGGUGUAUUAACUUUGGACACUUGGUUAAGGUAGUGUGUGUUGGUUUUGCUGCUGAAAAUUACUGUUAUUUUCCCUUUCCAUACUUCUGUUCUUUGGAAAACAGUCACUAAGUCCAGUCAUGGGAGGUGGUAGGUGGGAAAGAUUACAUUCAACCUCCUGGAAGUGGGAAUAUCCAUAUGUAGUAUUUGGAAUUUUUCUAUAUGGAAAAUUUGUCUCUCCCUCCCACCCUAAUUUGUUUACAUCAGUAUGGACUCAUGUAUAUUUUGUAUUUUGGGUAACACAGUAUUUAUUUUGUUGCUUAAGUUGUCCAGCUUGGCUAUUAGGAGUUCUGCCAGGUUGGCUACUAUGUCCCUUUGAUGUACCCAUCCUUUUGAUUUUUGAGCACUUCCUUACUUUCUGGCACUACAAGAUGCUCCAGGUUAAUCUUGUAUAUUCGCUGCCCCAACCCUAGAAUCCCUAGAAUCAACCCCUGCUCCAAAGAGCCCUGGUUCCUUUUGUUGGAGAAUCAUACUUAGAAACCAAGAUCUGGGCAUUAGAUGUGCUUGUUGCUACUGGGAUGUCACUGUUCGUAGCAGAGUUGAGAAAUACCUAUGUAUAUUAACCCAUGCAUAUGUACACAUCUAUAAUUAUUUAUGUGUGUACAAAGCUAAACAUGAGUUUGUACUGCCGUCUUCAAUUCAAAAUUUGUCCCAAAAUUUUGUGGCAUAUAUUUAGAUUUUAAAGUUGAUAUUUUCCCUAUUGACAGAAAAAACAAGAACUAACUUUCAGCAGCUCUUUGCAAGAAAUGUAAUAUUUAUACUUUAAUACUGCCUUCAAUUGAUGCCUGUCUCUUUAAAAUCUUUUGACAUAGUUCUUCCAGGGACAGAUAUGGCCGUUUUUAUUUCAUAGAUGGAGAAACUGAGCACAGAGCUGUAAUGAAGACAGAAUUGAGAUACAAGGCCGAAAGCUAAUUAAACACAUCCUCACAGGUAGCCUGUCUUUCAGUGAACCUGUAGACUAGUCCAAUAAUACUUACUAAAAUUAGUUGUUAGAGGCUGGGCAUGGUGGUUCAGGCCUGUAAUCCCAGCACUGUGGGAGGCCAAGGUGGACAGAUCACUCGAAGUCAGAAGUUCGAGACCAGCCUGGCCAACAUGGCAAAACCCUGCCUCGACUAAAAAUACAAAAAUUAGUUGGGCAUGGUGGCACAUGCCUGUAAUCCCAGCCACUCGGGAAGUGAAGGCACAAGAAUUGGUUGAACCUGGGAAGCAGAGGUUGCAGUGAGCUGAGAUUGCACCGCUGCACUCCAGCAUAGGCGUCAGAAUAAGACUGUCUUGGAAAGAAAAAGAAUUGUUAGCCUAAAACCAACUCUCUCUAAACUUAAAAGCGUGAUUAUUUCAGUAUUUAUAGAAGUAUGAGAUUAUCAGAAGGUGUGAUGCACAAUGCUCAUUAUUUUAUCCUAGUACAAGACAGGUAUAACAUCUAACAGUAAAGAAGAUGGAAUCUUUCUAUAAAAACAAUUCUGUUAUUAAUAGUUGACUGACUUCAGUAACUUUGAGGAGUAGAAUGAAACUUAUUAGGCAAGAUCUUUCCACAUACACUACAUUGUAUUGUUCAAAAUUCAUAGAAAUUACUUGGAAUAUAUUGAUUUAAGCCUUAUGUAGUGACUGUUGCUAUAUUUGAAGUAGCAUUUUUAGUUUGCUGUUUUUCCUCACUGCUUAAUCCUACAAAAACCAGCCAUCUGCCUAAAAAAUAAAAGAGCAAAAAUGAAUCAGUGCAACCGGUAUAUGAAAAAUAAUAGUUAUUAAUAAAACUGUAAAGGGA